GAGGUGGCACCGGAGUCGAUCAGCUCCCUCGAGGGCGGAGCCGGAGACAAAUCUCCGGUGGGGUUGGGGUCGGAAGUGACCCUUGCGGCACUCUUGUGGGACGCGGACCCUCAGCGACAACCUGAGUCAGUUAGUCAGGGGCGGGGCGGACGCUUUCAGGUGUCAGGCGGGGAUCGCAGUGAGGGUCCGCUCCGGGGGAAAGGCCGGCCCCGUCGGCUGGAGGAGCAAUAUGAUUGAAUUUGUGUUGGUUCGAGUUAGACCUCACCUCCCAAGGGUUCCACUGCCCCCUCACAGAACCAUUAGCUGGGGACUAAGCCUUCCAACACAUGGCCUGCAGGAGACAUUUAAGAUCCAAAUCAUAAAAACAGAAAAUAUUAGGUUUUCGAAUAUGACUUCCAUUGCCAUGACUGACUCACGUGUCCAGACUUUGCAUUCUCUGUAUUUCUGCUAGGUAUAAGACUUCUGCCUGUCUUCAAGGCACCAUGAAUGCCAUCGUUGCCCUCUGUCACUUCUGCGAACUCCAUGGCCCCCGCACUCUCUUUUGCACGGAAGUUCUACAUGCCCCUCUACCCCAGGGUGCCGGGAAUGGGGACAGUCCAGGCCAAGGGGAGCAAGCCGAGGAGGAGGAGGGCGGCAUCCAGAUGAGCAGCCGGGUCCGUGCCCACAGCCCAGCUGAGGGGGCCAGCGCAGAAUCCAGCAGUCCAGGGCCCAAAAAGUCGGACAUGUGUGAGGGCUGCCGGUCACUUGCUGCUGGGCACCCAGGCUAUAUCAGCCACGAUAAAGAGACCUCAAUUAAGUACGUUAGUCACCAACAUCCAAACCACCCACAGCUGUUCAGCAUUGUCCGUCAAGCCUGUGUGCGGAGCCUGAGCUGCGAGGUGUGCCCUGGCCGUGAAGGUCCCAUCUUCUUUGGGGACGAACAGCAUGGUUUUGUGUUCAGCCAUACUUUCUUCAUCAAGGACAGCUUGGCCAGGGGCUUCCAGCGCUGGUAUAGCAUCAUUGCCAUCAUGAUGGACAGAAUUUACCUCAUCAACUCCUGGCCCUUCCUAUUGGGGAAGAUCCGUGGGAUCAUUGAUGAGCUCCAGGGCAAGGCUCUCAAGGUGUUUGAGGCAGAGCAGUUUGGGUGCCCACAGCGAGCCCAGAGGAUGAACACAGCAUUUACGCCCUUCCUGCACCAAAGGAAUGGCAAUGCUGCCCGCUCACUGACUUCCUUGACCAGCGAUGACAACCUGUGGGCAUGUCUUCACACUUCCUUUGCCUGCAAGAGUGCCUGUGUUUUAGCUGGCACUGUGUUUUCUAGGCUUCUGAAAGCAUGUGGCAGCCGGCUGACUGAGAAACUCCUGGAGGGUGCACCAACAGAGGACACCUUGGUCCAGAUGGAGAAGCUUGCUGACUUAGAAGAGGAGUCAGAAAGCUGGGACAACUCUGGGGCUGAAGAGGAGGAGAAAGCCCCUGUGCUUCCAGAAGGUGCGGAAGGGCAGGACCUGACCAAAUGCCCGACAGAUUCAUCCUUACUCUCAGACUGUGGGAGCUGGCAGUCCCGAAAGCUGUCAGUGUUCAAGUCUCUUCGGCACAUGAGACAAGUCCUAGGUGCUCCCUAUUUUCGCAUGUUGGCCUGGCACGUUCUCAUGGGGAACCAGGUGAUCUGGAAAAGCAGAGAUGUGGACCUGGUCCAGUCAGCAUUUGAAGUUCUUCGGACCAUGCUGCCUGUGGGCUGUGUACGCAUCAUCCCAUAUAGCAGCCAGUACGAGGAAGCUUAUCGGUGCAACUUCCUGGGGCUCAGCCCGAAUGUGCAGAUCCCUUCCCAUGUGCUGGCUUCAGAGUUCGCAGUCAUCGUGGAGGUGCACACAGCCAUGCGCUCCACACUGCACCCACUCGGGUGCGAGGACGACCAGUCCCUCAGCAAGUAUGAGUUUGUGGUGACUAGUGGGAGCCCUGUGGCUGCUGACCGAGUUGGUCCCACCAUCCUGAAUAAGAUCGAAGCAGCUCUGACCAACCAGAACCUGUCUGUGGAUGUAGUGGACCAGUGCCUCGUCUGCCUUAAGGAGGAGUGGAUGAACAAAGUUAAAGUCCUCUUUAAAUUCACCAAGGUGGACAGUCGCCCCAAGGAGGACACACAGAAGCUCCUGAGUGUCCUUGGUGCCUCUGAGGAGGACAACGUCAAGCUGCUGAAAUUCUGGAUGACAGGCUUGAGCAAAACAUACAAGUCACACCUCAUGUCCACGGUCCGCAGCCCCACGGCCUCAGAGUCUCGUAACUAACCCUCAUGGGAGUUGGUCUCCAUGUUCUCCUUCUAGAAAAUGGUCGUGCCAGUGCAUGGACUGUCCUCCAGCUCCUGACAGGAGGGACUACUGUUGAGUUUCUAAACUGCUGUGAUGGAGCCGUGUCCUGUCAGGGAAUGGAAACUGCUGGGGGCUCUACCCUCUAUUUGGGACUCUGGCAUGAUUCUUAGCACCAUCCCAUAGCUGUUGAGUCGUCCCCCCUGAAGAAGGCAGUGGAGACCUGUGGACAACGGGACCAUCUGUACUGUGUGCCCACAAGGGACACUGUUAGGAGGACUCGUAUCUCAUGCUUUUCAAGGAUCAAGAUCUCAGAACUGGCAGGAGAAAUGUGGUGCCAGGCCUGGCUCUGGUAUUUCAGCUGCAAUAACGUGUCGUCUCUGGGGGGUUAGCAGUGCACCUUUCCAUUUUGAAAUGCAACAAGAUUUCCUGGGAUUCGUGUGUGAGUGUACAUUUUGCUCUGUUUUUGAAUAGUCAACACAUAGGCCAAUCGGUAGUCAUUUUUGGUAUUCUGCUUUUGAGUUAGAGCCCUCAAAGGGCUUUGGGGGUGAAGCGAAUGUUUUCCUUAUCUCUGGAUUCACUGAGGUUUGUAUUCUGAGGUUAUUGUUGCUCAUCUAAUGGGCACAUUCCCCUGGGGCUGCCUGUGGAGCAACUGGCUUCAAUGGAGCCCCUGGUCUCUGUACAAAGAUGAGGCUUUGUGAAGUGUCUAAUUGCCACUUGACUUGCUCGACUCUCUGGGGAUGGUGAGACCUGUCAUGGCUUUAUUCUCUGUCACUUUCCCUUGUUGCUGCUCUCAGCAUGUACCUGUGGCUACAGAUGACAGUUUUCAGAGUCUGGCCAUCUAAGGCAACUUCAUAGUCCCACCAUACAGUUUUCAUGGGGAUUCAUCGAUUGGAUUUUAUAGCAGUUUUCCUGAUCUGUUUAUAAUUUUUUUGUGUUCAUUUAAUUUAUAUUUAACUUGAAGACUAAGUUUAAUGUGACUAGGUCUCUGCAUAAGGCCAGAACAUUGAAAUACAAUAAAUAAUGUAUUUUUGUAAA